AUAGAGGGACAUUGUCUCAAACGGUGAUGAAUCCGCCGCUCUGUGUGGCUGCAGUCCGAGGUGAGAUUUCAGUGUCUAUUUAGCGUUUAACUGGGUAUCAAAUCUGAUCGCUCUCCCUCUAAGGCCCCCUGUGUAGUCGUGAUGUAGUUCUUAUCAAAGCCCUCCUGUCUUGUUGUGACAGCUCUGAUAUUGUUUAUUGAGGUGGAUGUCAGGUUUAAUUAGCAAUCGAUAUGGAAAGCGUUUUCAGACUACGUCUCUGACGUCAGCGCCGAUUAACGCUUCUCAUUGGUCUCAAAUUCCCAGAGCCUAAGCUAAUUAUUGGAAGCUUCGUGUUGAUAAAGAACAGCUCAUCCUACUCUCCACAUCAUGUCCCCUCCUCGCCGGCCACUCUCGCUGCAUGUUUUUUAAAUUCACAUCACCAACCAGACGUCGUUUCCUUUUGCCUGGGAGAUGAUGGACAGCAGGAUACUGGAUCCACCUCAUGCCCAGUUCGGAGGCUCGCUCGGUGGGAUGGUGAGCUUUCCGUACCAUCUAAGCCACCAUCAUGUGUACGAAUUAGCCGGUCAUCAACUUCAAUCUACAGCCGCGGUUCCUUUCUCAAUAGACGGAUUACUUAACGGCUCCUGCACGGCUUCUGUGGUGAAUUCUAACCCCCUCUUGUCGUCUGGCUGCGGUAUGAAUGGAGAUAACCAGCAGUACAAACUGACAGAUUCGGGGGAUCCAGACAAGGAUAGUCCGGGUUGUAAAAGAAGACGAACUCGUACCAAUUUCACUGGCUGGCAGCUGGAAGAAUUAGAGAAGGCUUUUAAUGAAAGUCACUAUCCAGAUGUGUUCAUGAGGGAAGCACUUGCUCUAAGAUUGGAUUUGAUAGAAUCGAGGGUGCAGGUAUGGUUUCAAAACCGCAGGGCAAAAUGGAGAAAAAAGGAGAAUACGAAAAAAGGGCCCGGGCGACCUGCACACAACUCUCAUCCAACGACCUGCAGUGGCGAGCCAAUGGACCCAGAGGAAAUUGCACGCCGUGAACUAGAGAGGAUGGAGAAAAAGAAAAGGAAACAAGAAAGAAGGCUUUUAAAGUCUCAAAACAAACUCCUUCCCGGGGACUUAUUUCACACCCCAGGAUCAGAUAGUGACAGUGGCUUGUCACAAAUUACAGACUCUGAACAAAGCAUCCAUUGCGACAUGGGCCGAAACCAAACGCAACCAAGCUGUGACCAAACUCCACAGAAACUCCAGAACCAAAGAAACGCAGACCAAGACGCAAGUGGAUCCGAGCUGGACUCGUCCGACAGCGGUCAGCAGUCAAACCUGUGCUCCAACAGUAGGUCCUCCGCUCUUCAAAAACUUAACCCGUUCAGUGUGGAAAGCCUUCUGUCGGACUCCAGGCCGAGGCGCAAACCACCCAUGGACUUCCCAGUGCCGAAUCCCCGACCUUUGAUAGGCAAAGGACAUUUUUUACUGUACCCAAUUACACAACCCCUCGGUUUCAUUGUUCCACAGACUGCUUUGAAGAGCACAGCACCAGGUCCUGAUGCUGAGAAUGGCCAGAAAGGGCCUGCCACUGACAUUACAUUUGCUGGAAACCCAGGACAUAGGAACGCCAAGGAGAACAACAGUGUAAACAACAACAGCGGUGCGCGAGCAAUCAAAGGCCAGGUCAGUCAGUCGGGCAACAUAUCGUGUUCAACACAAAGCAGUUCACCACAGACUACCAUUAAUGGUCACUCGGCGGGCAGCUGUAACGAAAGAAGCCCACAAGAUAUAGAGUUAGACCUCCUCGAUCCAAAGUCUCCAAAGUCGGAGAAAAAGGAGCAGUCGUUACCAGACUAUCCACCACAAAAUUCUGAAUCAGCGACAACCAGCAAGGACACCGACAAAGACUCAGUCGACGUCGAUAUGGAAUAAAUAAAAUCAUAGUAGAAAUCGAGGAGCGUGUCGAUAAGUGAAGAGGGAAAAAGUCGUCAUAUCGAAACGUAUCGUUUUCAUUGACAUAUUUAUAUUCUGGUUAGGGGAAAUAUCUGUGUGAAUAAUUUGUGUAUGUGUGUGGUGGGCUAUCAAAUGUUUAUUGAACUAAUAGCAGCAGCUCCCUGUAUAAGAAACUGUUAAAGAAAAACCCAAGACAAAACCUCAAACGUUGUA